UCUCUUCGCGAGACGGUGUGCGUGGGCAGAUUGGGAAAUUGCUCUUUGCCAUACGAGAAGUGCAGACGACCAAGGGAUUAUCUCGAUCCAGCAUCUCUACGGGACGGGCCGGUGAUCGAGUUGCAACCCUAAGUUUUUUGCGGUUCGUUCGAGAGGACGAUCGGUCUGCAGGAUCGAAGGAGAAAGAGGGACGAUGGGAGACUACCAGCGGCUCAACGUGCACCGGGAGCGCGGCUGCUGUCCUCCCAUGGAUCUGAUGCGGUCGGAGGAGAUGCAGCUUGCGCGGAUAAUCAUACCUGUGGAAUCUGGCCACCAUACUCUCUCCUAUCUGGGCGACCUCGGUCUCGUUCAAUUCAAAGACCUUAAUGCAGAUAAAAGUCCUUUCCAGCGAACAUAUGCAAACCAGAUCAAAAGAUGUGGUGAAAUGUCACGCAAACUAAGAUUCAUGAAAGAUCAAAUGGCAAAGGCUGGAAUUGUGUAUUCAGAAAUGCCAACACAAAUCCAUAUCGAUUUUGAUGAAUUGGAGAUAAAACUGGGAGAGAUUGAAUCUGAGCUAAUUGAAGUUAAUUCAAACAAUGAAAAACUACAAAGAGCUUAUAAUGAGCUAGUUGAGUACAUGUUAGUUCUCAAAAAGGCUGGAGAAUUUUUUCACUCGGCGCAGAGUAGUGCUACUGCUCAGCAGAGAGAAAAUGAGUCACACCAAAGCGCUGAUGGUUCUCUUGAUAGUCCUUUGUUAUUGGAACAAGAAAUGCUGACAGAGCCAUCAAAGCAAUUAAAACUUGGAUUUGUUAGUGGACUUGUGCCCAAGGAGAAGGCAAUGUCUUUUGAAAGAAUUUUGUUUCGGGCUACUAGGGGCAACAUGUAUCUUAGUCAAGCUGCUGUUGAUGAACCUGUGAUUGACCCAAUUUCAGGAGAAAAGGUUGCCAAAAAUGUUUUCGUUGUCUUCUAUUCCGGGGAAAGAGCAAAGGCCAAAAUGCUAAAGAUAUGUGAGGCUUUUGGAGCAAAUCGUUACCCAUUUACAGAGGACAUUGGAAAGCAAAUGCAGACGAUUGCUGAGGUUUCUGGAAAAAUCUCCGAGCUGAAGACUACAAUUGAUCUUGGGUUGCUUCACCGUUAUACCAUACUUAAAAAUAUCAGCUAUCAUUUUGAGCAGUGGAACAACAUGGUAAGGAGGGAAAAAUCUAUUUACCAUACUUUAAACAUGCUCAGUCUUGAUGUGACAAAGAAGUGUUUAGUUGCUGAGGGUUGGUGCCCUGUUUUUGCAACUAAUCAGAUCCAAGAUGCAUUGGAGAAGGCUACAUGUGAUAGCAACUCCCAAGUUGGUUCUAUUUUCCAGGUGCUCCAUACGAAAGAAUCUCCACCUACAUACUUCCAGACAAACAAAUUUACUUCAGCUUUCCAGGAAAUUGUUGAUGCAUAUGGGGUUGCUAAGUACCAAGAGGCAAAUCCGGGUGUCUACACUGUUGUCACAUUUCCUUUCUUGUUUGCUGUCAUGUUUGGUGACUGGGGUCAUGGCCUAUGCUUAUUACUUGCAACACUAUUGCUUAUACUCCGGGAGAAGAAACUAUCCUCUCAAAAACUUGGUGACAUCAUGGAGAUGAUGUUUGGAGGUCGUUACGUGAUCUUGAUGAUGGCAUUGUUUUCAAUUUAUACUGGAUUGAUUUAUAAUGAAUUCUUCUCUGUCCCAUUUGAGAUGUUUGGUCGAUCAGCCUAUGAAUGUCGGGAUCCUACAUGCAGUGACGCCACUACAGUAGGCUUGAUCAAAGUGAGGGAAGCUUACUCUUUUGGAGUGGAUCCCCAGUGGCAUGGUAGCCGAAGCGAGUUGCCAUUCCUUAACUCAUUGAAGAUGAAAAUGUCUAUCCUUCUUGGUGUUGCACAAAUGAACCUUGGCAUUUUCUUAAGUUACUUCAAUGCAACAUUCUUCAACAACAGUCUUAACAUGUGGUACCAGUUUAUUCCACAAUUAAUAUUUCUGAACAGUUUGUUUGGAUACCUUUCUGUCCUCAUAAUUGUAAAAUGGUGCACUGGUUCACAAGCAGACCUAUACCACGUUAUGAUAUAUAUGUUUCUAAGCCCAACAGAUGACUUAGGUGAAAACCAACUCUUUCCUGGCCAAAAGAUUGUCCAGCUUGUGUUGCUUCUUUUGGCUCUUAUUUCAGUUCCAUGGAUGUUGUUUCCAAAACCCCUACUCUUGAAAAAGCAACAUGAUGAGAGACACCAAGGUCAAUCUUACAGCAUGAUCCACACUACUGAAGAAUCACUUGAGAUUGAGCAAGAUCAUGAUUCACAUGGACACGAGGAGUUUGAGUUCAGUGAAGUCUUUGUCCACCAACUAAUCCACACAAUAGAAUUUGUCCUUGGAGCAGUCUCAAAUACUGCCUCGUAUCUCCGUUUAUGGGCCCUCAGUCUUGCUCAUUCUGAGCUGUCAAGUGUGUUCUAUGAGAAGGUGCUUCUUCUUGCUUGGGGGUUUAACAACAUCAUCAUUCUCAUUGUUGGCAUCAUCGUCUUCAUUUGUGCCACCAUUGGCGUGUUGCUUGUCAUGGAAACUUUGAGUGCAUUCUUGCAUGCACUCAGGCUUCACUGGGUCGAGUUCCAGAACAAGUUUUACGAGGGCGAUGGAUACAAAUUCUCCCCUUUCUCAUUUGCAUUAAUCCCCGAGGAAGAUUAAAAACAGCAAUCACAAUGCUUCUAUUUAUGUGGCAUUUGUUAAAAUAAAGUCUCUUGAAGGCUUGUAACCAUAGGCAAAUAAUUUUUGCUGUUGCAUCACGGAGGAAGCUGGAUUAAAUUUAAACAAUCUUGUGCAGGUGUGUAUUAUAUCGACGGUUGGAAGAGUCUUGCAUCAACCCUCAAGUCUGAUGUUCCGAAAUCAUUUGUUUCUUUGUAAUAAAUUGUAUAAGUCUGAAGAUCAUACUUGAUCCUGCAUUUAAUAAUCCAGUAUUCACCUUAUGGUUUUGUCAUAAACAGUGAGUACUUUGGAUUAUAAAUUUCAAGGAUUACCUUUUUGUGAUGUUUCUACCAUAAUGUUUCUGAAGCAUGUCAAUACUGAGAAUUUAUGAAAA